AUGGUCGCCGCAGAGUUCGCUAGCCGCCCGCUCGGGAAGAAGCUUGUGUUGUUCGAUGUCGACAACACGCUGUCGCUGCCGCGUCAAGCUGCGAAGCCAGAGAUGGUCGAGCUCUUGAAGGAACUCCGCAAGAAGACCGUGAUCGGCUUUGUUGGCGGUUCCAACCUUGUCAAAAUCGCAGAGCAGCUUGACCAGCCCGGCGAGUUAGCAACGCAGUGGUUUGACUAUGGAUUUGCCGAGAACGGACUUGUUGCGUACAAGCUGGGCAAGCAGCUCGCGGCCCAGAGCUUCAUUGGCUGGCUCGGCGAGGACAAGUACAAGAAGAUGGUCAACUUCAUCUUACAUUACCUCGCGGAUAUAGACCUCCCGAUCAAGCGCGGUACCUUUGUCGAAUUCCGCAAUGGCAUGAUCAACGUGUCGCCCAUCGGCCGUAACGCAACCAUUCAAGAGCGUAACGACUUCCAAGCGUACGACAACGAUCAUCACAUCCGCGAGGACUUCAUCAAAGUCCUCAAAGAGAAGUUCCCCGACUACGGCCUGACCUACUCCAUCGGCGGCCAGAUCAGCUUCGACGUGUUCCCGACUGGAUGGGACAAGACGUACGCGCUGAACCACGUCGAGAAGGAGGGCUUCGAGGAGAUUCAUUUCUUCGGUGACAAGACGUACAAGGGCGGCAAUGACUUCGAGAUCUAUGCGGACCCGAGGACGAUCGGGCACUCUGUCACCGAUCCCUCUGACACGCUUCGCAAGCUCAAGGAGCUCUUCUUCGAGAACCAGUAG